AUGGAGUCGUGGGCAACGGUAGCAUCGGGAUCGGGUACGGUGAGGAGACGAAGACGACAAAGUGUACCAAUACUUGAGCGAUCUCCCGUGAAAGAAGCUAAAGAACGACAACCAGAGAACGAUCGACCACCAGUUAACGAUCAGCCGCUGGCGAAUGAUCGGCCGCCAGCGAACAAUCGACCACCAGCGAACAAUCGACCACCAGCGAACGAUCAGCCGCCAGCUAACAAUCGGCCGCCAGCGAACGAUCAGCCGCCAGCACACGAUCAGCCGCCAGCUUACAACAGGUCACCAGCUAACGAUUGGCCGCCAGCGAACGAUCAGCCGCCAGCUUACAAUAGGCCACCAGCUAUCAAUCGGCCGCCAGCGAACGAUCAGCCGCCAGCUUACAAUAGGCCACCAGCUAACAAUUGGCCGCCAGCGAACGAUCAACCGCCAGCAAACGAAACAAUGGCAUAA